AUGCGGGAUGGCAAGAAGCUCUUGGCUUGGACUAGUCGAGUGACGAUCGGUGCCGCAAACCAAGCAUCCUUGGUUCUGAACAGAACCACCAUUAUGAUCCUGAUCGAUGUGUGGGGUGAUGUUUGUCGCGAGCCAAAGUCUCUGCCUAUCCGGUGGGUGAGGGACGAGGUAAAACGGCUACACGACAUGUUCGCGCCACAGCCAGACCCGGUUGAUGUGGUGGUAGACCAAUGGGGAUGCAAGAGGUUGGACUCAAGGCUGCAAGCCAUGAUGGAUUUGACGGUGCAGAAAUGGGGAUCGCCGGAUGAGUUGUCAGCUGAUAAUGCAGGCCCUGCAGCCGAGCCGGCAGCUGGAGAGGAAGGUGCACUUGAAUCUGGUGAUGUUGUUGUACCACCACCACCUCCCGCAGCCUACCUUGUGCUUGCGGGCUUGGAUUCCGAUGAUGAAAAUGGUGUGCGUUCAACUCCUUGCCUGGAGCACUUCGAUUAUGCUUUGCCUGAGGACGACGAGAUGCAAGCCAUGGAGGAGGGGACUGAGCAUGCGAAAGCUGAUGGUGCUGAUGAUGUUCGUCAGUUGGUCCAAGAGGUGGCUGAUGGUGAUCAUGCCGCCCCACACGAGGCCUCGUCGCUCAAUCAGGCUGUCGCAGAGACGGGUGAUGAUACAUUGCUCGAUGCUCAGUCGGUCCUAGACAAAAGUGAUGGUAUGGAUGAUGCCACCAGACGCGAGGCCACAUUGCCGGAUCAGGUUGCGCAGUUGGUCCCCGAGAAUAGUGAUGGUGGAUUGCUCGAUGUCCAGUCGGAUAAUGCCACCGCACACAAGGUCACAUUGCCUGAUCAGGCUGUGCAGUUGGUCCCGGAGAAGAGUGAUGGAGCUGAUGGUCAGGUGGUUCAUCGGGUCAUGGAGAUGACUGGUGCUGCGGUGAACAAGACGACGAAGCAGAGCCAGGCUAUCCAGGAUAAGCUUGCUCGACUGCAGUCUAUCCGGCUGCUUGUCGAUAUUGUCAGGGCUCGCCCCGCGGAGAAGCGAAUGUCGGCUGGCCGGAAGCCAUGCUCCGGUGAUGAUGCUGACCCGUCCCGGCUGGAGACACAGCCCUUCAUCAAUGCUGAUUUCGUUGCUCAGACGAUCUCCAAGUGUCCUUCCUUCGUAGACCUCGACUCUCCGCCCGGCCUCGAGCCAGGAAGCAAGAUGCCAACCACGCAAGUGGAGGCAUUCGUGGCCAUCUUCCUGCUGGUGUCCUGGAUGGAGCCGACUCCAAUGGCAUUACGACAGGCGGACAUCAUAGAGUAUUUUGCUGGGACAGCACGGAUAGCAAGGCUGGGACAAGCUGCUGGUUGGAACGUGCUAGCUCAUGAUAUCCUCUUCGACAAGAAUAGUUUCAAAAGCAGCAUGAACAUGAACGGUUCUGCUGGCUAUGCGCUGCUAGGCGAUAUCCUGCAAAAUUUGCCCGAGCUCUCGUUGAUCUGCUUCCUGCUAUGCGGUACGGCCAUGCGCCUCACUACCCCACUGGAAGAUGCCUUCGGUGCUUAUCCAUCUGAGAAGUGGGGAGAGACCUUGGUCCGGGGCAUCGCUUUGGCAACCACGCCUUUGGUGGAGAUGCUACGGAUGAAGCAAGAGCCUGUGGAUGACGAGGAAGCAGCUCUACAGGAAGAGAUGCAGGAACUGUUCCAAGAGCUGACCACCGGUGUCAUCGAUGUUCCUUCUGACGAUGGGGAACACGAGGCCAUGUACUGGUUCCGGGGUCCCAACCCGAGUGGGCCAGCUUCGCCGCCAGCAGUUCCCGAGCCGAGUCCGACAGCUUCCCCGCCAAAGGCAGCAGCUGCAGCAGUUCCCGAGCCGAGUCCGACACCAGGUCCCAACCCGAGUGUGCCGCCAGCAGUUCCCGAGCCGAGUCCGACAGCAGCUUCGCCGCCAAAGCCAGCAGCUGCAGCAGUUCCCGACACGAGUCCGCCGAAAGCGGCCCCGCCAGCACUGUCCCCGCCAGGGCUUCACCAGCCGACUUCGACAGCUGUGGUGUCUUCCGGCCCCCGAGCACCAAUUCUGGUGCAAGCUCCGACAAUAGCCGCAAUCGACAGAAGAUUGCGGCGGUUGAUGACCCCCAACGCAAAAGGGCAGCACAAGGUUUCGGAUCAUGUCCGAUCGAUGUAUGCCAACCCGGACGAGAAGGGCAAGGUGAUCAGGAUGUUUGAGAACUGCGGCUUCAGUGCGGAAGCCUUCGCGAAGAAAUACAAGUUCACCGUGAACAGGGAACAGGAGUCCGAGCUGGAAAUUCCUUUCGAGUUUCUCUCCAAGGAGGAGAUGGCCGAUCCGCCGUACAAUAUGAGCGAGCAGAGUGCCCGCAGCUCUGUCACGGAGGAGCAAGAGGUCGUGGAUACGGAGCAGGCAGGUGUGGAGAUGGACUUGACUACCGACUUCGUGUUCGCUCAGUCUUCCUCUGCCCUGCCAACAGCAGGUGAGAUCUCGGCUGCCUCCAAGCAACUGGCUGACCCGGAGACACGUGAGCGAAUCCAUCAAGAAGCCGAGAAGACACUCAAGAAACUUGGGUGGCCGGAGCAAGAAACUGCAGUGGAAGCAGCGACAUCCCUCCCGAAGUGCAUUACGUGCAUAACACGUCGACUUGCACGAUUGACGGAUGUCCAGUCUAGCCUGGAGAAAUACCUCCCACCCCCACCGCCCCAAGAUGCUUCGGAUGCAGAGAAAGAGAAGUACAACAAGGGGAUUCGACAGAAGAUGCUUGUUGCAAUUGUUGCGAACUUUACUUUGUCGGUUGCUGGGGUGGUGGAAAGCUGGGAUCUUGAGUCUCGUGCAAGGAUUCUGCUGCAAGACUAUGCAUCCACGUCUACUGAACCGAAAGUGAAGGCGAAAGCCAAGCCUGGAAAGGCGCCUGCGAAGCUGAUUGGCCAAGUCGCCCGAGCAUUCAGAGAUGAGCAGAAAUUAGAGGCGACGGGUCAAACCUCAGAAGGUGUUGCUGCGGCAUGUCAACAAUUUUGGCAGAGGUUUAAGCUUGCACAGCCGGACCACAAAGUCUUCGAAGCCUACCCAUCCCAUGAGGACUGGAAAACCAUCAUACCUGUAUGCCUCCACGGGGAUAAGGGUAGAGGGAUGUCAAAACUUCCUUGCUUUGUGUUCUCAUGGGAGGCCUCUAUAGGUCUUUCGGAGGAUGUUCGGCAGAAGGGCCCUGGUUACCGAAGCCCCGGUGUUCAUGGCAACAAACUUUCAUGGUCUUGCAAGAAAAGAAAGCGAGACCAGUGUCCGGAGCUCGAUCGCGAUGAACCCCCGGGUGCAUGUGAAUCGUGCCCGCUGCAUCAUGAGCAUCGUGCCGACCCCAAUGAGGUCAGCAUCCCGCACAACGGGAAGGGCCAUUCCUUCUUGAGCAAAUUCUUGUUUGCUGCAAUUCCACACAAAGUGUUCAAGGACAACGGUGCUGUUGUCCCGGCUGUGCUGGAUGCUAUGGCCGACUGCAUGAUUGAGCUUUUCACCGCCGGAGUACAGUACAAGGGGCAGUGCUUCCGAGCAGCCGUGUGUGGGAUCAAAGGCGAUCUCGAGUUUCAUCAUGAAAUUGCUGCUUUUGACCGUUGCUAUGCUACGGCCGGAACAGUCAACAAUCUUAUGAUGUGUCCGCAAUGCCACGCCGGCACGGAUCAGCUUCCAUACACGGAUGUUUCAGAUUCUCCGGCAUGGGCCUCGACAUGCCAUGCUUCGGUGCCAUGGUCUGCUCUGCCAAGACUUAGUCGUAUUCCUUUCUGCUCGGCGAGGCCAGCUGCAAUGUACCGAUUUGACAUUUUCCAUUGUCUAAAAUUCGGGAUCUUGAAAGACUUGGGGGCAUGUUUGCUGAUCGAGCUGGCAAGCCAUGGCAUGUUGGAUUGUGCGGGUGUCCGUGAAAGUGUAGGGUUGCCGGCACGCUUGGAGCGAGCCCACAUGCUCUUCAAAUUGUGGUGUGUUGCAGAACGCCGCAACCCGAACAUCCGCAAGUUCACGAAAGGAACAUUGCAUGUGACAAAGAUUGGAUUCCCGUUUCUGGGUGGCAAAGGUGCUGAUGCUGUGUUGUGCUGCAUGUUCCUGCAAUUUUUCCUUCGACUGAACCUUCCAGAGGUCCAGAGACCUGAUCUGAAGAGAUUGCUCAAAGCAAUGGAAGAGACCAUCACUGGCGCACUGGAUUUUCUUGGGGUGCAUCAUUCACACCAAGUGUUUUUGAAGCCAUACUGUGCAAAGUUUGUCCAUGUGUCAGGGAUGAAACUUUUAAGGGGUUACGCAUACCUCGCAAGCAGGGCCAUCCAAGAAGGCAAGAGGUUGUACAGUUUACGACCGAAACUACACUAUUAUCACCAUGUGCUCCUAGACUUGGAGACCCAAAUUCGUCGGCGAGAUGAAUGGUGCCUAAAUCCGGCUCUUUUCGGGUGUGAAAGUAACGAAGAUUACAUAGGGCGAAUCAGCCGGCUGUCAAGAAAAGUUUCGCCGAAGUCUAUCAGCCAGCGAACAAUUGAUCGCUACUUGGUGGCGGUGAAGCUGUUGUUCCGGAAGCAUGGCCUUUGA